GAAUGUUUUACACAAAGAUCAAACAAAACAUAGAGACAAAGUUAGCCCCUCUGAACUCCAUCUUCAAAAGUUCGGUUCUAUCCCAAGGUAAGUUAUCUUUCAUGCGAACGUUCUGAAGGACGGUUAUAUUAGUUUCGAUAUUCCCCCUAAAAUAUCACCUAGUCCUGCAUAAUUCUCCAAGGGCAUCGAUGGGAUACAAAGACAUAGUACUUCUUAAGAAGGAAAGAUCCUUCUAAGAGAACAUUAUGAACUUUUUAAUACCUAUUCCAUCCAUUAAAAAUAGAGAGAUUAGUAAACGGCUAGUUAGCUAAUAUGCAUCCCUAGUGGUACGAAUUACGAAUGUGAAUCUACUAUUUUUGAAAGGAUUCUCAGAAACACGGCUUCUCAAAUUUGGUUACACCGUUAUGUGUAAUCUUAAAAUAUGAAAUUAUGACCAGGAAUUCAUACUUCCUAUAACAGAUUGGAGUCUUGAGACACAUUGAGUUUAGACUAUAGUCUCCCUUGGCAUUAUACUGAGGCUUAAUGGUGAUAUAGACCUCAAGACCGGUUGAGUGUAUGAUAAGCCAGGCCAGGAUCCAAUAAUUACAAAAGCAUCAACUCCAAAAUGCCUGAGAGAUUUCCAGCUGUUUAUGGAACUUGAAAUGGAAUACAAUAAAGAAUACUUGAAGAAGCCAAUCUUCAAAACAAGUCAAGACAAAGAUGCUUUAAAUGGCAAACUAGACUUAAUAGAUUUUCAGACUUCAGUAAUGAAGUUGGUGCCUCAGCCUAUUAAGAAGAAGUCUAAUAAAGGUAGAAAACGUACUCCUGUUCAUAAUGCUUCCAGUAUCUACGAGUUGAUAUACGACUCAGUCUUACCAAAAUGGAAGAAGUGUUUGACUCUCAAAGCUAAUAGAAGAACAGCCAAGACUCUGAUAGCACGUUCGGAUACAGUCUGGAAGAAAAUUUUGAGAGAUGUCAGAGAAUUCUACAGACUGCUAUUCAGAGCCAGGUUCCACUACCUUGAGUAUCAGAACCAACAAGGGGCAGUUGCCUGCAUUCAGACAUUGUUUUCAGAGCUCAAUAUUCCCCUCAAAGAUGAUGAAGAAUACAUUCAUGGAGUAUUCAGAUACCUACAUCAGUCGCAUAAAAGUAGAUUUCCAGGACUCAGCGAUAAAGCAAUCCCUUUGGAUGCAAUUGAGAAAUACAACGAACACUUCAGAAGUCUUUACAUGAAAGACGACUUCGGAGCUAGACUGCUCUACUUCGUGUUCAAGAACUUCACCUACGAAUACUGCCUACUAGUCAAGCCCAGGUACAGACAAGAAAUCACCGAAAAAGUAUGCAUGAUGCUGAACUGCUACAGAAGAAUGAGUGAACCCGCACAUUUAGAAAGAAUCGAGUACCACUUGUUCUAA